UGACAUCAUCAUCGAGAUGCAUCAUCAACAGAGCUAAAGAGACUGAAAUACAGUCCCUUCAGAUAGAGCAUAAUCAGUGCACCAGCAGUAGUGUUAUACAGUCCCAUAUAAUAGCCCGUGGGUGGCGGUCGGACGAAGGAAAUAGCGAUCCGCUUCUGCGAUGGUGACCAGCACCAUCUACGUGACCGGAUUCGGUCCGUUCGCCGGCCACGAAGAACGCAACGCCAGCUGGGAGGCGGUCAAGCUCCUCCCCGACUCGUACCAGCACAAGGACACGACAUAUCGAGUGAAAAAGCUGGAAAUACCUGUUACAUACGAAGCCGUCGAUGCCGUAGUGCCGAAGAUCUGGAACGACAAUCCUACGCUGGUCAUCCACGUCGGUGUCCACGGUCGGAUUGAUUCGAUCAAUCUGGAAAAGUGCUCCUACUCGUCGGGUUAUUGCCGACCGGACUUUGCCAACAGAUGUUUACCGUGCGAUAAGAUAUCGCUGAACAGUGCCACCGAGGAGGGCAAGUGUGAACUUCUCGAGACCAAUUUGGACGUGGAUGCGAUUGCUCGGGAACUGGACGCGGUCAAGUGCUGCUGCUCGCGGGAAGUCGGCAGCUACCUGUGCGGAUAUAUCUACCUCAAAUCGUUGGACGUCGACCGGGACCGGACGUUGUUCAUCCACGUGCCGGACAUCGGCAAGCCGUACAGCUCGGAACAGACCAAGGAUGCCAUCUACCAGGUGAUGGACCGGUGCAUCCGACAACUGGACUCGAAGGGAUUGCUUUAGAACAAAGGGCUUUUGUUCGGAUGGAAUUGAACAGGCAGCUUAUUUUUAACCAAUUUGUAACUGAUAUUAGUUUUGGUAUUCGAUUUGAAUAAAUGUGUCUUUUAACCGGC